AUGGACAGCUGGCUUCUUUCUGAGGUGUAUGGGGAUGAAUUAAGCGGAGAUUCAGUACGUCUUAUCGACUUAGAACCUGGUGAUAAGGACGAUCCUUUACGCUGCACUCUGAAAACGACUUCCUUAGCCGCCGCCGCCGAUAAAUAUGAAGCAAUCUCUUACGUGUGGGGGGAUCCAACAGACCUCGUCGAUAUCGAAUGUAAUAAAACACCCCUCAGAGUUACAGCGAACCUAGCGAAAGCUCUCGGCCAACUCCGAUACAGAGAAAAACCGAGGCAACUCUGGGCAGACGCCAUUUGUAUAAACCAACAAGAUGUCGAGGAACGAAACCAACAGGUGCAGAAAAUGGGCCACGUGUACCAAGGUGCGAAGAGCGUACUUGUCUGCCUCGGACAGGACACUGCAAACGUGGCGGAAGAUUGCUUUAAAUUAAUAUCUGAAACCAACAACUACCUUGGGAGACUCUUACAGAGAUACGGCCACUGGGGAAACCUCCCGUUUCUCGGCAACUCUACCUCCAUUGAGAAUGACCGUGCGCGGUGGGAGAAGCUCAAAAUGCUAUCCACACUUCCUUGGUUCUGCAGGCUAUGGGUCGUGCAAGAAACGGGAAUGGCGAAACGGUGCAUCCUUCAUUGGGGUGAGGCCAAGAUGCCAUUUGCCGAAUACGUAGAGCUGCAGUUGUGGCUCGCAAUGCGACCAGAUAUAAGAAGUCGCUCCGGGUCCGUCAACGAUAUUGCCUCGGUGGACUGUUUCGAGUACGUGCAGUGUCGGUUCCGCAACGUCCAGACAUGGCGGCGAAGUAAGCCGCUGGCGGCAUACCGAGCAAAUGCGAUCCGCAAUAUCCCAACUGCGUUUGUCAACGUCCUCGCUGCCGGGAGGAGAUUAAAGGCUACAGACCGCAGAGAUUAUAUCUAUGGCUUCCUGGGAAAUCCGCUGGCAAUAGCAGAAGAUGGUCAGAUGAUGAUCACGCCAGACUAUAGCAAACCCUGGCGAGACGUCUAUUUUCAUGCUGCCUGUACACUACUUGGGCAAUCUUCCGAGGCACCCUAUGUAUUAUCUCACACCCAUCAUGUCUCGGGAAGUGAAAUACAUAUUUCCAAUGAUCUUCCUUCCUGGGUGCCUCGUUGGGGCCAAGAUGGUUCGCCGGCUCCUCUCGGCAACCCGCAAUAUUGGUUUUCCGCCGGUGGUCCCCCAUCGACACUCCAGAUUGAAGUAAACUCCUCCAAGUCACUGUCUGUACGUGCCCUGACAUUUGAUGAGGUAUCAUGGGUAUCACAGCCUAUUCUUGACCAUAACCUAUCGAUUGAUUGCACUGGAUGGGACACUGCAUUCUCCUCCAACAGAGUUCCGUUCAUUGACGUUCUUUAUCAGGAAGCGAGAAAUAACUGGCCGCAUCCCGAGAAGAGCCUGCUGGAUAAAUUUCCAUCCGUAUUAGCUGUAGGAUUUGCUCCAUGGCAGCUCGAAGACCCUUCUGAUAUGAGAAGAACUCGAGAGUACUAUGAGGACUACCUGGAUAUUGUCCGUCAUGCUGCACCCUUAGAGCUAGGGCUACCUGGCCCAAAAGACCAUUACGAAGGGUUGGACUACGCAUUUCAUCUCAAGCAUGCCCAUAACAGGCGACUCUUUCGUACCAGUUCUGGCAACUUAGGGCUUGGUCCAUUAGCUACUCAGCAUGGUGAUAUAUGCUGCUUAUUUGCGGGUGUAUCAGUUCCCUUCAUAUUGCGAGCAGCAAGACAAGGCGGAUAUUAUCUUGUGGGUGAGUGUUAUAUUGAUGGUUUUAUGAAGUGGGAGCUUCUUUCAUUACCGUGUGGUAGAGAUCAUUGGGAGCUCUUAACAAUUUGGUGA